CUUCAGAAAACAUCCAAGUAGGUUAAUUUAUUGACUACAGGGAAACAUUCUGAUAACAACCUAUAGUUUUUUGUAUCUAUCAUUUCUAUAUGAUACAAAUCUGAUGGUUCAACUUGUAGUCUGUCACUGAGCCCUUUGUUUUCAAAUGAAUCACCCGGAGGAUCCUGUGGAACAAAUCUCCGACGAGGAAAUCGAAGAAGAGGAAGCCAAAGUUGAAAAGGAGGGAAUGACAGAGGUGGAUGAAGAGGAGUAUGACGAUGAGGAGGAUGAUCAGCCUAGAUGUGGCUGGGGUUACCUCCCAGACGUGUGUUUGCGUCAGGUCUUCUGGUGGCUGCGAGACCGUGACCGUGUCCGAGCCAUGCUCGUCUGCCGCCACUGGCACCAUGUGAUGCACUCGCCCUCCCUCUGGAGAGUCCGGACCUUCAACUUUUCCGGACGCAUCUCGCGCACGCGGCGCUCAGAGCUUGAGACGGCGGUCUGCUAUGCCAAAGCGUACGGCAACUACCUGGAGGACUUGGAGAUCCGUUUCUCCCACCCCCUCAACUCCCUAGUGUCCCGUCGCUUCCAGCAGACCUUGAGGACCUUCCUGGCGGCGCUGCGCAAGACAGGUGGCCGCCUGCGCUCCCUCACCAUCAACCACAUGGAGCUGGACCGCGCCGUCUGGUGCCGCAGCGUGAGGAACGGCCUUGUCCGCAGCCUGACCUUCUACCUGAGGAGGGAGGGCUCUCGCCUGGGCCAGCUGAGUCUGAGGGGAGCCCGGCUCAACCUCCCACAGGGCCUGGAGGUGCUGGAGGCCGUGGCUGCAGCACAGCAGCAUGUCCACCUGUGCCGGAGGCCUGGCAUCAUCAGCCUGAACCUGGAGGAUUUUUUCUCCCAGCCGCUGGCAGUGUACGGUUCUCCAGGUUUCGCCCAUGUCAUGAACAGGUUCAGAGGUCUGUCCACCCUCACUCUGAACUACAGCUGUGUGUCUGAUGAACUGCUGGCUGCUCUUUCUGUGGCGUGCCAAAAUCUCAGGGGUGGGGGCUCCCUGCGUGCCCUCAUCGUGCGCUGCCACGUACACGAGCCCCACCUGCAGAUGAUCUCGGGUGAUUCCUGGGUCCACCUGGCCCGCCACUGUCCGGAUCUACGGGUCCAGAUUACAGUGGAGCGGAUCCUGAGCCUGAAUAAUCUGAGCCAGAUCCUUCUGAAGGAGAUCCCUUUGAGAUCUCUCAGCUUGACCAGCUGCUACUUCAGUGAGCAGGACUGGAGUGUUAAGCCUGCCCUUUCCAGCAUACUGCCCUGGUACGGCCAUUGCCUGCAGAAGUUGACCCUGGACCUGAACAACAGUCAUGAGAGUGUGGAUGAGGAGAUUCUGGAUCUAGUGCAGCUGUGUCCACGGCUGGUCUACCUCAAGGUCUGGGCCUUCCUGCAUAUCAGUUUCCUAGACUUCCUGCUGCAAAAACGCCUGGAUAAAAAGUGUUGCCUCAGGACCAUCAAGGUGCGUAUCUACACCAACAAGUACGAGACCCAUGAUGAGGAUGAGCAGUUGGAGGAGGUGUACUCUCGCUACAGGCAGCUCAUCCUAUCAGAGCUCAACUACUUUGCCGUCUCCUACCCCAUGCUGUGACCCCUGACCUCUCAGACAUUUUGUAUUCAGUAGCCAAUCACCAGCCCAGGAAAUACGAUGCAGGAAGCAGAUACUUAAUUUCAUGUGCACGUCCUUGAUAAAUGACACUCGAACAGGCUUACAUACCCACACAUUCACCUGGUCUGUUUCUCUUUUACAUUAUGUUUACAAUCCUCUGAU